AUGUUGCGGCCGGCAACCCCCAUGUCGCUGCUGCUGCUAGCGGCCUUCGCCCUGAUGCUGCUGUCAACUCUGUCGACCCCCAUCAUCAAGGCCAUCCCGCUCGGCAGCUUUCAGGGCGUCAACUUUGGAGUUUUUGGCGUUUGCAAGGCCGACGGCUCAUGCACCGGUAUAGAAAUCGGAUAUGACACUUCUGGAUUGUUUCAAAAGUCGGGCGCCUUUGACCUCCCGGACUCGGCCCGAAACACUCUUUCCGCCAUUCUGAUUGUGCAUCCUAUCGCCGCCCUGACGACACUCAUCAUGUUCAUCAUGGCUGCCGUCGCUCACCUUCACUCACCAUCUCACUCCGCUCGCUACCUUCUCGUUGUCUUCAUCUUCUCCUUCAUCGACUUUCUCAUCUGCCUGUUGGCCUUCCUCGUCGAUGUCCUCCUCUUCGUGCCUCACAUGGCCUGGGGCUCGUACAUCGUUCUCGCCGCCACUAUACUGGUGGGCAUGAGCGGCUUGGUCUCCUGCGCCAUGCGUCGUAUGCUGGUCACCAGGAAAGCGAGAAAGAAGAGAAUCGCCGAAAAUGCUGAAAUGAGUGGCGAGAACUACUACAAUCGCGAGGCUCAAACCAAGACCGCCACCUCUGUAGCUUCUCAGCCGACUGUUCCCGUCGUCACUGGUGGAAACGGCAUCGACAAAAUGCCCACCUUCGCGUCUUUCGAAUCACAGAAGAAGGACGACCAAGUCAGCGAUGAGCGAAUUCCUCUCACCGCCCGGAGCCCGGUCGACAGGAACCAGGGCAACAUGAUGGGCGCGGAUGGUUACGCCAACGCUCCCCCCUCAAGAUCCGGCUCUGCUCCCCCCAUCAACAGAGAUCCUUACGGAAACCCGAUGCCUGGACCCGAUGGCUAUGGUCCUAGAAGAGGACCCUCGCAAGAACGUAUGCGGGGCAGAGGUGGUAUGCCUCCCGGAGGGCCCAGAGGACGUGGCGGAGGCUACGGCGGAGGCAGAGGCGGAUACAAUGGCUACGGCCCACCGCCUGGAAGAGGCGGCUACGGUCCCCCUGGACGCGGAGGCUACGGCCCUCCUCCGGGCGGCAGGGGUGGGUACGGACCACCGCCCCGUGGAGGAUAUGGCCCUGGUGGAAUGAGAGGCGGACGACCUCCCCCACCAGGCUACCAGAACAACGCAGGACCUUACGACCGGAGGCCGAGCCCGGCUAAUGCUUACGGUGCUCCCGCCCCCGGCCCUUACGGACGCAGCGGUUCAGAAUCGGCGCCGAGCUAUACUGCAACUAACACAAACCCAUCUCUCCCGAGUAUCCCCCAACAACAAGGAUAUGAGGCAUACAACCCUGACCGGAACAGCCUACCGAGGGCUGAGUCGCCCCCGCCUCUGCCUGGCGACGCGCCUGCCCCGAUGGUGGGCCAAGCUGUCGAGAUGGACGCCAGAACAGGCAGCCCUGCCCAGCCGCCUCCGGGCUUCGGCCAGUUCAGAGAUAGUGAUGCUGACAUUGCCGGCAUGGUCGGACUGCAACAAGGCGGUGGUAACAGAUCUAAUCCUCAGAGGCAUGACACCUACAUGAGUGAGACAAGCAGGUACAGCCAGGAUGACGCAUACGUCCCUCCUCGUGCCGCGUGGAACCAGAACCAGCCCCCAUCAAGAAACGCCUCCCCGCUCUCGCGUGCUGAGAUGCCCGGACGUAGCUCCCCUGCCCAGCCCACAGCAAGCGACUACUACGAGGAUGUUGAUCCGCGCUUCGCGGACGCACCGGCCCCCGCCCCCGCCGGCAGAGCAGGCCCUCCACCUGCCCUUCAGGUACCUCUAUCCGUGCCCAAUAUGUAUGACUUAGACACUCAUGAAGGUGCCGGUGCGCGCAGUCCUGGCGCCGAGUCUGAUCGGUCCAAUUUCACAUCAAUAUCCCAACGGGGCAUAAACCCGAGAUGGAAUCCCCCAGCGCCUUAUGGCCAAGGCCCGCCUCGGCGGCCGCCUCAGCAGCGACGGCAAGAUAUGCUGCUGAACAACAACCCCGACUUCGAGCUGCCUGGAAAACGUCUCGGUCCUCCAUCAAGACCGGGAGGUCCUGGCAUGAUACCCGGCAGCGCCUACCCGACGGGACUUUAA